AUCAUCGAUUUACUGGCAGCGAGAUUUUCAUAUCAAGAAAUCCAGUAAUCGUCAGUCAUUGACUUCAUGAAAUUCCUCCACUUGAAUUAUAAUCGAAAGUUUUAAUUAAAAUCUAUUAAUUCGGUAGAAUUUUCCAAAUUUCAGAUUGUUUAGAUCCCGGGAACAAUAGCCUAAAGUCAUGGACAAUAAAGAUUUUCUGAAUUUCGGACAGGCAGCGCUUGAUUUCAUAGUCGAAUAUAAUGAUAGUUUGAAGGAUAAAAAUGUUCUACCCAGUGUUCAUCCCGGAUAUUUGGCGAAAUUAUUACCAACCGAUGUGCCAACACAAGCGGAAACUUGGGAGAAAGUUUUGAAGGAUGUAAAACAUUUAAUAGUGCCCGGAUUAACCCAUUGGAAUUCACCGAACUUCCACGCCUACUUCUCUGGGAGCUCAUCCUACCCAGCCAUGAUCGGCGAGCUCAUAUGCGCCGGAUUAUCAACAAUCGGUUUCUCAUGGAUAUCAUCACCUGCCAGCACUGAAUUGGAAGACAUUUCUAUGAAUUGGUUAGGAAAGUUGAUAGGACUACCGGAAAUGUUCUUAAAUGGUGAAGGAAGCUCGGGUGGUGGAGUCAUAGAGGGUUCUGCAAGCGAGGCAACAUUAAUUUGCCUGCUAGCAGCAAAGGAUCGUAUGGUUCGUCGUAUUAAACAAUUGCAACCGGACAUGGACGUCGACGUGAUCAAGUCGAAAUUGGUGGCUUAUACUUCAGUUGACGCGAAUCCGUAUGUCAAGAAAGCGGGACGUUUGGGCUCAAUGAAUAUGAAAUUCUUACCGAUAGAUAAGAAUGGCGCCCUUAGUUAUUUAACCCUCAUUAAACAGAUGUUAAUUGAUAUAAAGGCUAAACUCAUUCCUUGUUAUGUAGUUGCAAACCUCGGAACGAGUACGGCCUGUGGCUUUGAUGAUUUGGAAGCCAUAGGUAAAAUCUGCAAAAAUUUCCAUUUGUGGCUUCACGUUGACGCUAACUACGCAGGUGGUACUUUUGUAUGCCCUGAAUACCGAUACCUCAUGAAAGGAGUGGAAUAUGCUGACUCCUUCAAUUGUGAUCCUCACAAGUUGCUUCUUACUAAUUACGAUUGCUCAGCCCUGUGGGUUCAGAACACUGACCAUCUCAUCGACGCCUUCAAUGUCGAAAGAGUUUAUUUAACUCAUGAUAACCAGAAGCUAACACGAGAUUACAGACAUUGGCAAGUCGCCCUGGGCCGGAAAUUUAGGGCUGUGAAAUUGUGGUUUGUCAUGCGGUUGUACGGAGUUCAGGGUCUACAACAGCACAUCCGUCGUUUAAUAGAUUUAGCCGAGAAGUUUGAAAAUGCCUUAUCAACUGACGACCGCUUUGAAAUCGUCACGACGUUUUGCCUGGGAUUCGUUUCUUUCACCAUUUGGGGUAAUGAUGCAUUCACGCGAGAACUCUUCCAGAGAUUAACGGACAGGAAGAAAAUUUACGUUUCUUCUGCACUUCAUCGUGAACGGUUAAUGAUUCGUUUUGUAUGUACUGCACAUACCACCGCCGAGGAUAUUGAAUUUGCAUGGAACGAGAUAAAAGGACAGUGUGAUGAAAUUCAUGCAUCCCCUUGCAACGUCCAAGAAGAAUCUGAUUAAAAUAUUGAUUGAUCCAAAUCAAUUGAUUCAAAUAGAAUAUAAGAUAUAUGAAAUAUCCACCUCAUCUCAAAAUGCAUUAGCUUGUAACUCUGUUAUAAUUCUCCGAUUUUUUGGAGUUGUAAUGGAAAUCUGGUGA